AGGUCCCCUACACGGUCGCCAGCUUCUUUCACCUUUACCAGAAGCAAGGUUGCCUCGAUGGCCUCGUGGUAACUGCAACGGUCUCGAGCUCUCGUACGGAUUCCCGACGUCUCGGCUGGAUACAAACUCGAACGUAAUCCUAUGACACUCGCGGUCAACGCACACUCGGGAUCUGCACUUAAUAUUUAGAACUAAUUGUAUCUUUUAUUUUUCAGGUGCUGCUGCUUCUCCCAGGAACGUAUCAGGAUCGGCUCUCUCCCCAGGAACAGUCUCAGGUAAGUAUCUAAUGAUUUAUUUUCAACCCGCGUUCACAGUCUCGAGAAGCGUUAUUUUUCCUCUUUUAAUUCCUUUUAUUUUAUUUUUAGGUUAAUCAAGGAUCGUCUCCCAGGAUCAGGAUCGUCGCACAACACAAAGGUAAGUAAAUCAGUUCACUUUGAUAUUUAGUUAAUAAUAAAAUAUAAAAUUUAUUAAAUUGUCAAAAUAUUCCUUUAUAUCACAGACACUACCCGUCCGCGUCGCUUCCUUCACAUACGUGUAAACGGAAAGUUCAUUCGGGUGUUCGGAAUGCACAAAUCCCGUCCGCGACGCUUCUUCACAAACAAGUAAACGAAUGUGUCUUUUGACGUGAUUUCAGAUUUUGUUACACCUACUCGCAUUCGGGUAACUCGUAUUACGCGAAACGAUAGAGUCGUUCGAUUCGCGGAACUUCCGCCCGUCGUCACUUACUCGCAUUCGGUGAUGAAAGAAUUUGCGCGCGAAAACGUGUCUUAGUUCGUCGCGAUGUUAGCGCACACGGAAAAAACAAGCACAGUUAUAUUAACAUGACAUGCUUGGUUCAACAAGAUUUAGUUGGACUAAAUAGAAUUUCUGGUUAUCAUAAUAAAAUAUUCUGGUAACCAACCAGAAUAUUUAGGUGUGACAAUGGUAAAAUUUUGAUUAUUACUAAUCUAGUUAUAAUAUCUAAGUGUCUGGUUAUUAUAACUAUAUAACAUAGAUAGAUAAACAUGAUAUGUAUAGUUAAUACAAUUAAACACAAUUUUUGGUUAUUAUAAUAAAAUAUUCUGGUAACCAACCAGAAUAUUUUGUUACAAUAUCCGUAACAGUUCAUUGGAUACCGUGUGUGGAUGUUGCAUCGGAAUUAUACGCGCAGUUCUUAUUUCAUUUGAUGAUCGUAAGCAGUGCUUCCAGUCUCAAAUCUUUUACAGCAGCAAGCGAUCGACAAUCGACUAUCUGCUGUCUUUUUUCCAUGAAGGAGACAGCUCGAGAGAAAAGGAAACAGCAGAUAGUCGAGUGCCGUCGACCAAGCUGUUCGCUAUCCUCUCCACUUACAGCACGCUGCUGUGAAAAGAGUCGAGACUGGAAACACUGUCGUGAGUUUCCUCACAAAAAUCAUAAAUUUGGACUGUGGACGUGUUGGACGUGUUAAACGUGUUGGACGUGUUGUGGACGUGUUGUGGACGUGUUGUUGGAUAAAAAUAACCUCAAAAACGAUUAUAUAUUAAAAAUGGAUGAUAAAACAUGCGAUUUACUUCGUGAAUGGGGAUUUGAAGAUUAUAUUGACAUCUUUAAAGCAAAUGAAAUUGAUUAUACAGCUUUGAAAAUUAUGAAGCCUUCCGACUUUCAGACUAUAAUACCAAAGAUAGGACCUAGAAUCAAAUUUUGUGAUAAAUUAGACCAUUAUAAGGCUGAUCUACUUACACAGGUAUUGACAGUAUUUUUGCAAUUAAUCUCUUCACAAGCAUCAUCCUUAAUAAAUGACAUAUCAACAGAAAACGAUUCUUUAAAUCCUCCAAUUGUAAUUUCUGAUAACAAUGAUGUUUAUGACACUGAUAACACUGUUAUAAAAGAAACAGUAUUAAACGUAAUCACUUUGAAUGAAGAAGGAGGAGAGCAGACAGAAGAGAUACAUUCUACAACAAAUGUUAUUACACAACUCUGUGAUACUGAUUUAGAUGCAAAAGCUGCCAAAACUGUUUUAAAUAGUACUUGUAGUUAUAAACAAAAGGACGCAGCAAGAAGCAAACUGUGUUUAGCCAUUAUUAAAAAUGAGUUAAAAGAAAACGAGAACAAAAGAGUAAGUCAUAGACGAUGGCAAGAAUUAGCCUUGCAAAUACAGGACGCUAUUCCAGGAGAAAUUCAAGAGACAUAUUAUAUUCCUUAUAAAAAGCAUUCUGACAAGAAAGUAAAUGCCAAAGGCAAAUUGUACGAUAAAUAUACAAAUUAUGUAAAAGAACUACGUAAAAGUGGUUUAAGACAAAAAAUUUCAAAUUCGACAAACAAUGAACCAGUUGUAACUUUAAAUGAUGAUUUGAGUGGAAUGCUUGAGUGGCUUCGUACUCAUAAAGAACCAUACGAAGAAGUAAAAGAAAAAUGGGAUGCUACUCGUGAUGUUAGAUUGGCGCAGCUACGACAGGGAACAAGUAGUGUGUAUGAUUAUAUAACUGAAUAUAGUGCUCUUCAGUUAGCAACUGGCUUCCAGUUACUUCUAUCAGACUUUAAAAAAUUAUAUCCUGAGUACGACACACGAAUGUGGAGUAGGUGGGGAGAAUUCACAAGGAAAGUUUCACUGUUAUUAUCUAUUGAAGGAGAUUCUGAUUUGUGCCUUAUGCUAAACUUAGGACAUCUAUUUACUCCAGUACCUGUACCACUAGCAAAUAGAAAAAAGUGGAAGCCAAGUACUCAGGAAAUGAUAGAUGGAUUUAUUCUUCAUGUUAAAGUAAUGAAUGAUUUGGAGCCGAGUUUAGAAAGAGUUAGAUGCAGAGCCCAAGCUUUGAAAACAAAAGUUCAACCGCUUGUUGUUGCUGUAGGCUCAACUUUAUCAUUAUGCAAGGACUUUUACGUCGUAAUAGACAAAAAUUAUUACAGAUUCGAUGAUAUUCGCACGGCAAUAGAUGUAUGCUUUAAGUGCGUGCAUGCUUUACACGCUGAAUAUUCUCCUCAAUGUGAAAAUAUUUGGUAUUUUUUGCAAUUUGCAUUAUAUGAAUUACAUACUCAGUGGGAUAAAGUUAUACCUCAAGUAAGUAAACAGUUGAAAGCUUUUUCCGAAAAGUAAGAAGUUUUUUUAUGUUGUAACUAGU